CAAUGCAUCUCUAACUCCCCCCCUUCUCCCUCUUUUCCUCUCCAUCUCCCUUCUUAACCUCCCCACCCUCUUCUUCCUCACCUCAAGUCGUCUCCUCUUCUUCUUCUCUUCUUCCUUCCUCUCCCAACACCAAAACCCAAGAACCCCACAAGUGCGGGCGAGGAGGGGAGGGAGGCAUUAAUGGAGCCCUCUACCAAGCAGCUCCUCCCCAUGCCUCAGCAAGACCCCAACUCGCCGUCGUCUUCCACCUCGUCGUCGUCGUCGUCCUCCACCUCGCCGUCUCACCCGCACCACCGUGCACCACUUCCACCGUCGCCUAGGCCCGUCCCCCGCACCAUCGAGACCACCCCCUUCCCCACCACCUUCGUGCAGGCCGACACCGCCUCCUUCAAGCAGGUCGUGCAGAUGCUCACCGGCGCCGAGCAACCCUCCAAGAACGCCGCCACAGCAGCGACAGCGGCCGCGGGGAACAGCAGCGCCGCCGGGAUUGGUGGCGGGCAGGGGGCAAACGGGCCGUGCCGUCCCAAGAAGCCGGCUUUCAAGCUGUACGAGCGGCGGAGCAGCCUCAAGAACCUCAAGAUGAUCGCGCCGCUGGCGAUGGGGGCGCUGCCGUCGCCGACCGGCAGGAAGGUCGGCACGCCGGAGAUCCUGUCGCCGAGCGUGCUGGACUUCCCGUCGCUCAAGCUCAGCCCGGUCACGCCGCUCACCGGCGAGCCCUUCAACCGCUCGCCGGCCUCGUCCUCCGAGGACGCCGAGCGCGCCGCCAUAUCCGAGAGGGGGUUCUUCCUCCACCCCUCGCCGCGUGGCGCCGAGCCGCCGCGCCUCCUCCCGCUCUUCCCGGUCACCUCGCCAAGGAUGGCCGCGCCUUCCGAGUGAGUGACCCAAAAGCUCCCGCCUUUGCGCGCGCCUCAACUAUAUCAAGUAAUCGACGACGAGUACAACUACUGCUACUACCGCUCUCGCUGUACCGUUUCUCUUCGCAGUUCUAGUUUUGUGGUUGUUGUUCUUGAUCUGCUGCUGCUGCUGCUGUAAUUUUUGCCCCCUUCUCGAAAUGAAGAAGGGAGUUUCUUUUUUUUCUUCUUUGGAGUAGUGACCAGUGAGCGAUUGUAUAAUCCGAGCUCUAGAUUUCGGCUUCGGUUUCUUGAUCGCUCGCUGGGGACUCCGAAAGGAUGGAUCAAUCGAUUAAUUAAGCUUAAUUUUGAGCUUGGUGUUCUAACUC